CACCCACGCCCAUGUAGCUCAACCUUACCAGCCAGCUGGAUUCCACGGGGGGGUAUUGAUUCCCACAACACCAGAUUGCAUCUGACAUGACCCUCGCUGAAGCUUCUCCCUGGUCACUGGCCAAGGGCCUUGCCCUCGCCGCCGUCAUCGCAUUCUUGAUCUCACCUUUUGUCUCGUGGAGCCGAAAGAUCCCAGGUCCGCUCCCAGCCAAGUAUACGAGGUUGUGGUACGCCUGGCAGAAAUACCGGAAUGACUUCCACUGGACCAACAUCCGGCUCCAUCGCCAACAUGGCAAGAUAGUCCAGGUCAUGCCAGGCUACUUCAGCAUCGACGAUGUCGAAUCCCACAGGACCAUCUACGGCCACGGCAAUGCGUGGAUCAAGGGCGAGUUCUACAUCGCGUGGAAUGUUGGCCCCGACCCGGCGCUCACGAAUCUCUUCGCCGCGCGAGACCCGGCCCUGCAUGCGUCGAUGCGUCGCAAGGUGGCUUCCAUGUAUUCCAUGAGCUCGCUAGUGUCGUAUGAGCCGUAUGUCGACCACUGUAUCGAGCUGUUCCAUGGCCAGUUGGAGAAGUUUGCCUCGGCUGAUUUGGUAAUCAACCUGGGCAAUUGGAUGCAAUACUUUGCGUUUGAUGCAGUGUCGAUGAUUACGUUUGGCGACAGGCUGGGAUUCCUCGACCACGGCGAAGACGUGGAGAACCUGAUUCAAACCCUCAACUACGACCACACAGUGCUCAGCUUCAUGGGCCUCUACCCGUGGCUAUUGCCCGCCUUCAAGAAGCUGACGAGCCUCAUCAGCGGCCCCAAGGUCCUGUAUUUCCAGCGAUUCGCCUCGGAGAAGAUCGAAACGUCGCGCCGCGAGAAACAGGACCUCCCAGAUGACGGGCCCGUGUACAUGGUCAAGAAGUUCCUCGACGCGCAGCGCAGGGACGAGAAGAAGGGCAUCACCGACUGGGACAUCGCCGCCAACGCCGGGUCAAAUAUCGGCGCCGGCAGCGACACGACCGCCAUCGCGCUGAGCACCAUAGCCUACUACCUGUAUCGUGACGCGCGCAUCCUGGAACGGGUGCGUGAGGAGGUCGACGGCGCCGCUCUUUCGCCGCGACCGAACUUCCAGGAGGCCCAGAAGUUGCCGUACAUGCAGGCCGUCAUCAAGGAGGCGUUGCGUGUCCAACCCGGCGUGGGUCUUCCCCUCUGGCGGGAGGUGCCCAAAGGUGGUGCCGUUGUUUGUGGUCAAUUCUUCCCGGAGGGCACCAAUCUAGGCGUCAACAGCUGGGUACCUCACCAUAACAAAGACGUCUUCGGCCCAGACGCAGACGAGUUCCGACCCGAGCGCUGGCUCGAAGCCGCUGGAGCGCACGCCGCCGCCAUGGAGCAGAGCCUGAUCCCGUUCGGGCUCGGGUCGCGAACAUGCAUUGGAAAGAAUGUGUCUCUGCUGGAAAUAAACAAGAUCAUUCCCGUCCUCGUCCGCGACUUUGACUUCUCCUUUCUGGACGAGCAUGGCGCGCCCGAGAAGCGCGAUUAUCUCCCGGUGCACAACAAGUGGUUUAUUAAGCUGCCGGAUCUCAACGCGCGGGUAGCGAGGAGGGCAAACACCGCUAGUUGAGUGUUGGCAUUCACUACCAUUACGAUCAAGCCAUCACGAAACUUCUGGUAAAAUUUUUUGUUUUGUUUUGCAUAUGACACGGCUUGCGUUUAGAAACACGAUGAUAUCUAUAUAUGAGACCAAUC